CCGAUCCGUGCUGUCGAAACCGCAGCACACUCUUGCACAUACACAGGCGCGCGUUCACGCACACACACACUUAUAUAUAUAUAUAUAUAUAUAUAUAUAUACAUAUACAUGUAUUAGGUACACGACGGAGAGCGCUGGCGCGCGCGCGCACGUAUAUUGUGCCGCAUAGUGACGUUCCCCGACCGCGGGACACCACAACCGAAUCCGUUUGAGAACAGGUAAGUCCUCUUGCCGGGGAUUCGUCGCGGAACACACGAACGAUUAUCGCGCGAUCAACGCAGCGCUGUUUGUUGCGCACCAUUAUUAACGUUACGCGUCUGUCACGUAUGUUGUGAUCACUCGCCACUGUUUUACACGGACGAAAACCGUGCCCGGUAUCCGUGAUUGACCGUAAACGAUAUCGUAUCUUUGCGACGGUAGUACGUGUGCGCGCACGUUUUCGUCGAUAUCAUAUACGUUCGAGUCUUUGCGACGACCGUCGGCGCCGCACCAGCAGCAGUUCAAAACUAGCUGCAGGAGAACCAGAUAUUUGUUAUUGCCCGUCAUGGAAAGCGAAUCGCCGUUGGAAGUGUUGUCCAGGGCGGCGACAAUGCUGCACAGGGAAGAGGCGGCCGCGGAAUCGCCCUACGUCUCCAAUCGUUCGAGGUCGUUGUCGUUGAGAUGUUCGGCGAUGGAAGGAACCGUCGGCACCGUCGGCAAAUGGAAGAGAGAGAGGAGACACAGAGCCGUCUGCACGUCACCGGUAUCGUCGCCAACGCUGCCGCCGAACUUCAGAAGCUCUCAGGAACCGUUGGACAUGACGACGACUGCCAGUAACUCCGCUUCCAGGACCCUGCCCAAGGAACGCGCAUCCGUCAUCAUGGCAUCGCCGGCCACUGGCCACAGGGCAGCGACAUCGACGACUGGCGGCAUGAGCGAUCCCGUUAUCGACGAACACUUCAGGCGAUCGCUGGGCAAGGACUACAUGAACGUGUUCGCGCCGGCCACUGCGCAACGGCAACAACAGCAGACUACUGCCGCCUCAACCUCCGGACCAUCACCGACCGACGGUGACAAUUCCGGAUUAUCGGCAGUGGACGAUCAUUUCGCCAAGGCUUUGGGCGACACGUGGGUAAAACUGCAAAAAGAAGAAUAUCAGAAAAAAAGGAAAGAAACGACAUCAGACGGCGCCAGGCAAAAUGUGAACGUAUACGUGGCGUAAGGAAGACGACGAGUCAACAGGGGAAACAAAAUAUGAGGCAUAAUUUUAGGAAAUUUGUGGUAUACAAAUGUAUUACGUAUAUGCGGCAGGUGCAGAGGAUCGUGCGCCGCCCGCCUUCGGCGUUGAUUUUCGGGUGGCACCUCGGGACUAUGGGGGAAAAAACUGCGUAGACUAUUAUUUUAUGUAUAUGUAUUCUUUGUACACUUUAAACUUUGUAAAUAAAAACAAGUAUUUAAGCGAAA